UGUAUAUAAUCCCUGAGAUGACCCAGAAAACAAACUCCUCUGACUGCCGAGACAUUGCAGAGUUCGCCGCAGGGCUGCAUGUAGCCGGAGCAUCAGCUGAAGGAACUACCCCGACACCGAUCCAACUUCUCUAAACCCAUUCCGCUAUAAAAUAUCGGGGUGACAUGGCUGAACACAUGAUGAUGCCCAUGAACCAUGGCUUCAGGAUGGGCAUGAAUGGACCUCCACAGCACAACUGCCAGCGCAGUCUGCCCAGUGGUCAGGUAAUGCACUAUGGCAGGAACCCUCAGAGCAAUAUGGAGGCUGCCAUGAGGCAGAGAUCGGGCAUGGUGGGACCUGGAGGGAUGGGUCCCGUGAAUGGAGCUCCCAUGGCCAACCACCACCACCAAAUGAUGUCUGGGAACAUGAUGUACAAUGGCCAGGGUCCACAGCAACAGCACCAUCACAUGCACUCUCAGCAGCAACAGCAGCAGCAGCAGCAGCAGCAGCAGCAGGGUGGACACCCGCAGCAGUACCUCCCUGGAAACCUCACUUCGCAGCAGCUCAUGGCCAGCAUGCACCUGCAGAAACUCAACACUCAGUACCACGGACACCCGCUGAGCUCAACUAAUGGUCACCACCUGCCGAACAAUGGUCAGUACCGGAUGGGCCCGGCCCAGCUUUCGAGCAUGCAACACAUUAGUGGCCCUUUGGGGCUGAAUGGUAUGGACAUGGAUCUGAUUGACGAGGAGGUUCUGACUUCACUGGUACUAGAGUUCGGUUUAGAUCGUGUUCAGGAGCUGCCCGAGCUCUUCCUGGGACAGAAUGAGUUUGACUUCAUAUCAGACUUUGUGUGCAAACAGCAGCCGAGUACGGUGAGCUGUUGAGGAAUUCAGUUGAAAACUGCUUUGGUUUGUUUGGAUUUAACACCCCAAAGAAUGACUGAAUGGCCACAGUAGCACAGCGAGAGGAGACAAUUCCCUUGUUCUGUUUGGGUGUUUCUGUGUCUGUGUAUAUGACAGUGUCUAGGACAUCUUCACACUGACCUGCCCGUGAGUUGUUGAAGAACCGUAAUGGGCAAAAAAAUGCAGAAAAAAGCACCAGAUUUCUCUACUUUGAGGUGGUGCCAGCAAGAUCUGCUGCCUUUGGCCGAAUUGAGGCAUCCUGAUGCAGCGGGCUCCGUCUGUACCCAUCUGGCCCUCAGCACGUGUGCCUGCAGAGCCAAGGCUUUUGGAUAAUUGUAAAUUUAACAAACACAAUGGGGAAAGCCGACCUGAAAGACUGUCAUUCUGGCUCCACCAGAUUCUGUGGCAUCUUUUAAUGUGUUUUAUCUCCGAUGACCAUUUUAACCAGUAGCAGACAUCUUACAAAUUUAUAAAAAAAAAAGGUAGUUCUCUGAAUUUGUUUAUAUGAAUAAGUAGGGAUUUAGGGUGGAAAAUUAUUUUUCAUGUGCUUAUUGAAGGCUGGCUCUUCAAAAACUGACUUCCUUCAGAAGAUGAGAUUUCCUUGAAGAGCAGGAGAAUGGGUUUUUUUUCUUGGGUGAUCAAGGUGAAAUGUGCUACAUUGAUUAUUUAGCUUACAGCUCCGUAUACCUGACUGACCUGAUCUAUUUCUGCUAAGUAACUAUCAUUGACUCAUUGGCAAAGCAGCACAUUUCCACGAGUCUUGGCUCAAACAAGGCUUUUAUUUGUUCGUCAUCGAAGUUUCCCCGCUCCAUGUUUGACAUUCAUAUAUUCAUUACAAGACAGGUUACUGCUGUAUAGAAGUGCAAGAAUAGAUAGAAGGGGGAAGCCCUCUUAGCAUAUGAAAAAUGGCGGAAGUGUGACCUGUUGAAAGUUUCAAGAAAAGCCAGAGCAAAACAAAAAACAGAAGAAAAAAAAAAGUUACUGGCCGCAGAGCUAAGGUGGGAAUUUGUUUUACAAAACAGGAUUGUUAAAAAAAAGAAAAAAGUGCAUUUGAUCGCAGUCUUUGUGUGUUUAGUGUGUGGUGUGUGUUUGUGGACUAAGACGUUUAAAUCCCAUCGAAGAACAUCCCCAUCCCAAAAACCGUCGGUCGAUAUACUGAACAGGAUGCUGUGCACAGAGAAAGAGAGAGGGGGGGGAGAGAGAGAUUUUGGCGUGUGGACACAAUGUGUGGACACAGCACUCCAUGCAGCACUUAGUUUAAUCAUUAUUUAAAGCUGCCACUACCUGUGGCAUUGAUUUCAUUAGACUGGAAGAGCAAACAAGCAGCACAGUAGUUGCUUUUUGCCGUAAAUUAGCUUACACUGCUGUUUUUCUACCAAUUAGAUUUGAAUUACAUGUUCUCACACGCUUGUCUUAACUGAGGUCAGCUUGCGCAUUCUCCGGUGACUCAAUAAUUAUAAAAUGGACAAAUCUGAUUACUUUUUUUUUUCCCCCCAAGUAAUUAGGAUUUAGUCAAGGUUGCUGCUUUUCCACUGCAGGCUGGAUGAGUGAUAACUUUCUGUGCUCUUUGUGGAGCUGUCAGAGGAGCCAGGGCCACACUGGUGCACUGUGUUAAUCUGUUCCAAUAUACCUGUGCUGCUGUCCCUGCCUCUCUCUGGAGAUCUGCCAUCUUAAAGCUCUCGAGUCCAACAAUGGGCAUUGAAGCGCUGUGGUAAAGGCAGAAAAAGUGCAAGCACGCUGCUUCACUUUCUGCCUGCCAAAACUGCAGACACACUCACGACCUCACAGUUAAGAUGGACAUUCUCCUGGCCUUAGCAAGACAGUGGCUUCUGAUUACUGCUGUAUCAACAAGCGCAGCCUUCUUGUGUAUUGUAUCUUUGUACUGUAGACUAGAGCUGAAGUUGAUCUAGAUACAUUUAAGGUACUUUUGAAAAAAUUUAUAAAACACUGUCAGAAAUAAAGGCAAGUAAGUGGCUGAUUUUGAUGUGAUGAUGAGAUAUCCUACUUUUUUUUUUUUUUUUACAAACAAGUGUGUCGAUGUUUUUGGGUGCAGGGCCUGAAGCUUUAAGACCAAGUGGACUGCAUGUGUUAAAGGAAGUGUGAGGGAUGCCACUGCUUUCCCACAAAGCAGCUGAGAAUGUACAGCACAAUACUUUGUGGGAACUUGUCUUACUAUUGUAGAUAAACAUAUGAGAUUGUACUCCUUGUUCCAAAUUACACAUCAUUGAUUUGGGUGACCCCCCCCCCCCCC